AUGGUACGACAUCUCAAUCUCUCAAGGCAAUCUUCAACAAUAUCGAUCAUCGGAAUUGGAGAAAUUAAUUCAGGUACUACUCGAGGGGUAGUUCCAGUUACACUCAAAUCUAUCUAUUCUUCAAAAUUCAUCAUCUUCAAUGCAUAUAUUCUUUUAAAAUUGUCGUCAACGCUUCCUACUACAGUUAUUUCACCAAACAAAUGGUCUCACCUUCAAAACAUACAACUUGCCGAUCCCGAUUACCCCAUUCCAAGGAAAAUUAAUUUGAUUAUUGGAGCAGAUGUCUAUUCGCAAGUUGUGCAGCCUGACAUCAUAAAAGGACCUCUCUCAUCACCAAUGGCUCAAAUUACCAUUUUUGGUUGGGUGGUAUUGGGACCAACCAACAAUGAUUCUAAAAAAGGACAUUCAUCUCAUCAUCUGAUUGUGGAUCAGCAACAGGAUGAUUUACAAGGUCUACUCACCAAAUUUUGGAUUCAAGAAGUACCUACCAAGGAAAAGGACAAAUUCACCAUUCAAGAAUUGGAAUGCGAGGAGCAUUUCAAGGUGACUCAUUUAAGGGAUUCAGAAGGAAAAUACAUAGUUCGACUUCUAUUCUCUUCACCAGCGAGUCAACUUGGCAACUCGUACUUGAAAGCUCAAAGAUGCCUUCAUCGAUUUUUCAACCGCUUUUCAUCUCAAGGAACUUUCAAGGAACGCUACUUUUCAUUUCUUACAGAAUAUGAAAAUGAUGGCCACAUGGUUAAGGCUCCUCCAAGGAAAAGUAGACUUACGACCUACUAUUUUCCUCACCACGGAAUUAACAAGGAGCAAAGCAUCAGUACAAGUCUCAGGGUUGUUUUUAACGGAUCCAGCCCUACUACAUCCGGUACUUCUCUCAAUUCAAUUCCACAUACUGGUCCCAAAUUACAAAAGGAUAUCUCGGACGUCCUCCUCUGGGUAAGGAAAUGUCGAUUCAUUUUUUCUACAGACAUCACAAAAAUGUUUCGUCAAAUUAAGGUGGACCCAGAUGACUGGGAUUUUCAAAGGAUUCUACGGAUCGAUGCAAACAAUAAGGAAAUUCCUUACCAACUCACCACGGUUACGUACGGUACCAGAUCAGCACCAUUCUUAGCAGUCAGGGUAAUCCUUCAAUUAAUACAAGAUGAAGGUCACAGAUUCCCCCUAGCGGUACCAGCUCUUCUCAAUGGACGUUACAUGGACGAUAUUUACGGUGGCUCUGACAAUUUGUCAGAACUCAAGGACAUUGGUCACACUUGUCUGUGCCAAAACCAAGGUGGCACCUCUUAA